AUGACCUGUUGUCUGCUUCUCGACAAUCCUCCUGUCCCCUUCGUUCGUCCUUCACUUUUGUCCAGCUGUGCUGAGCUGGCUUAUUCUGUCUGCUUCUUCUACCUUGGUUUCUUGUUGCUCGCUCUGCAUUGUAGCUUUUCACAUGUUGGACCAUUGGUUGUGAAAUCGCCAUCGAGCACAUGUCCCUCUCAUUUUGUGUUUCUCACCAACGCCUGGACAGUUGGCAAAGCCGUCCAGCCUGGCUUUGUUCGAAGCCCACAGCCUCAAGCUGAACUCCCUCUGCAGCGUCGUUGGGCACAAACUGAGGAGGCAGUCUCUUCGGGAGAUGGCGAUGUCUCCAUUUCCUUCAUUUUCGCUACCGACCCAAUUUGGCGACGGUUCUGGCAAGUCACCAGCUUCCAGACGCAUUCAUCGUUAAUCUCAGUACCUGUUGGAUGCUCGUUCUCUUUCGAGUCGCUUGAGACGUCGGAGUAUUUGGAACUGAUGCUGGCCGCUUUGUGA